CCUCAAUAAAACAACAUCCAGACCAGAGAGACUGAGAGGAAGCUCUUAUCUUCUUCUCCUCCAAUGUCGAGAGGACCAGGUCGGUUGAUACAGAACGUGACACAGUUCGCCGAUUCUCAGUUCAAGGAGUUCUCGACUCGCCAUGGACAAAAAGUCAUAGACAUCCUCGACUUCCCAAUCAAACUCGUCUUGUCUCCUUUCACUCUCGCCUUCGACAUCGCCGGCUCUGCUCCUCGCGGCUUUGGCAUCCCCGAACUCAUCUCCAAGAUAUCCUAUCUCUCUGUUUUCGCGGUUGCUACGCUUGGGACUUAUGACAUUGCCUUGGACUUGGGGAAGAAAGUCAUCUGCCAAAGGGAUUGCAAAACAUGUAACGGGUGGCAGGCGUUACGGUGCACCAUGUGCAAAGGAACAGGGAGUGUUCACUACCAGAUCAAAGAUUAUAACUUGAGAAGUGGAGAGAAGCCAACAGCAGAAUGUGUAGCAGAUGCCAUAGUUGACAAUCGCGCUGAGUUGGUUCAUCUCCCUUCCUCCAUCAACCUUACUGCACCCUUGCCAACGAAAGACUGUCCAACUUGUGAUGGAACAGGUGUGAUGAGCUGUACUGAGUGCAAGAAUAAGCUGCAAGUCAGGAUCUCAGCUGAUGAUAUCAUGGAACCUCCAUGGAAAGCAUACAAUGUCCUGCGGAAGAUGGAUUAUCCCUACGAGCAUAUUGUUCACAGCAUGAAAGAUCCAAGCAUCGCAAAUUUCUGGUUGAUCACUUUGCCUCAGAUUGUGGGUGGGUUUGAUUAUGAUGAAGAUAUCAAGAAGAAAAUAUGGUUGCAAUACGAGGAAUCAAUGCGCUAUGAUCAACUUAGGGACUUGGUGGCUAAGAGAAACCCUGGCUGGGAAUAUUUGCAGGAUGCCUUGUUCUCCAUUGAUCCUGUCCGUGCUCAGGAAGACCCCGUCAUUGUGAAAAAUGUACCUUUUUACAAGGCUAAGAAAGCUCUGGAGGCUGAAGUCACAAAGCUCAAUCCACCUCCUCGUCCUCAGCACUGGGGUGAACUGAAUCUCCCACUGAAUACUUCCUCUUGGAGUGAAGAGGAUCUCAAAAACCCAGCAAAGCUGUACGAGAAGACAGUUCUUCUCAAUGCGCAAAGGGAAAUCGCUGACAAGAUCUUGGAUGCACAAUGGGAAGCCAAGUGGCGUCAAGAAAAGGUAGAGGAAAUGCUGGAGGAGAAAGUGAGACCGUUCGUCCAAGACUCAAGCAUGUCUGUUCUUCCCCAGCCCAUCUUGUUAAAGUCUCAGAAGACUAAUCCAAAGGGGAACCGGCAAAGGAAGUGGUGGUUCUUUUAACAGUCCCGGUUCAUCGAAACAGAGCUGGAGAUAAAUUGGAUUUUUGAAUCGAGUUUGUGCUUCACUUAUGAAAAUAUGUUUUCACAAUAACUUGGUGAGUCUAUGGCACUUGACUUGAGUCAGUCAAUCUUUAUAUUAAAAAUAUUUGUUGUUGAGGACAUCUUUAUAUGACCGAUUCAUCGCGUA